UCAAUAAAAUGUCCAAUGAAAACAUCAACUAUCAUUAUGAUGAUAAAAUUAUCGAGGGUCGUAAUGCUAACUACCGGUUACAUCCACUGAUAUUGUCGCGCACAUCCCUACGGGAAAUGUCGGGCGAACCGGUCGAACGGUACGAGCUGUUGGCACUGUUUGAGUCGGGCCGGUGGGCGCCCUCCUUUCACAAUCUACAACCCUGGCGUUUUGUCUAUGCCCUCAACGGUACCGAACAUUGGUCAAAAUUUUUCAAUCUACUCUGGCCACGCAAUCAGCUAUGGGUUCAACGGGCCGGUGCACUGGUAGUAGUAAUAUCGCAUCGCAACUACCGAUACCGGUCGGACCCCCUUGUCGUUCAGGACAAUCCGACACAUAGUUUUGAUACGGGAGCCGCUUGUAUGUCAAUGGCAUUGGAAGCUACGGCCCGGGAUCAGGUGUUGCAUGCAAUGGCCGGUUUUGAUUACGACCGUACCUACGAUGUGCUGGGUAUCGAUCGGUCGGUCGAUCGGGUCGAGUGUAUGCUAGCUAUUGGCAAACGGCUGGCCAGCGAUCAGCGCCGGGAAGAGCGUAUAGCACCGAGAUUUUCAUUGACUGACUCUGUAUUUGAAGGCAACUAUAAUAUUACAAAUCAAAAUGAUAUCAAAGAUGAUAGCAAAAAACAUUAAUGUAAAUAUUAUA